CGCAGUCGCAGUACGUCGCAGUCAGUCGCAGUGGUAACACGAGCGAGAGGGUAGUUGCACGCGCCUGCCUUCGAAAGGAAAGAUCGCGGUAAGGGGGAGAGAGCAAGAGAGAACGCAAGUGAGCGGGCAAGAUAAAGAGAGAAAAAAGGAACGAAAGAGAGAGCGCGGCGCCCCUUGCCACCGUUUUCAGUGCUUCAGUCGCGCGACGACGCUCUCGGACGCUUUAGUCAGUCGGUCGGUGACGCACCUCCCAAACGUGAUACACGCGCCGUUACGUUACGUUACGUUAGGUCGUUCCGUCGAAGGGGAGAACGAGAGCGAACGAAACGGGGAGAGAAACGCCGAAAGGAGUAGACGAACGAACGAAAUAAUAUUGUAUCGGUAAAAAACAGAUACGCGAACAAAAAAGAAAUAAAAAAAGAAACACGAACAUCGCGAGCGACGAUUUUGACGGCUUCAAGUCGCGCUCCUAAAUAACACGAAUCUCAAACGAACACACAGUUCCAACCAGUGCGAAUAUCGAGAAGGCCACUUUCGUAGCACGGCUUUUGCACGCGGUGAAAGAAAGCGCGCGAGUGAGAGAGAGACUGAACGACGAGAAAAAGACGUGCUGAUUGUGGACACGAGAUUACGACGAGUAGUAGCCCACACGUUUCCAGUGUACGAAUAACACUCACGCUGUGCGUUGCUCGUACACACGCACGGCACAGAGGACCCGGACGAAAAAGGCAGAAGACGAAGAAAACGAUCACCGGCGAGGCGACGAUUUUAUUUUUGUACGGUGCAUCGUUGUUUUUCCUACGAACAUUAUACGCUUCGUGACCGCGUACGAAAGAAGAGUAGAUCGCCCGAUUUUCUUGGUGUAGCAGCCACUAUAGUCCUCGUCCUAAAUAAUACAGUGUGUGUAGUGUGCACGCGCGCGCGCUUAUGUUUCGUUGUUUUUCGAUCGUUUCGAGUUAGGCUCUGUCUACGAAGAACCCGUCUCUGAUCAACAUCAUUCGGCCAUUACUCUACAAUUCUACUCAUAGCAAAGUAUUACGGAUAGAAGGAAACAGGGAAAGAAAGGAAAGACACGGGCUGUGAAGAAAGAACUGAGACUAUAUCAUAAUCGAAAUAGUGAAAAAUCGGUGAAUAAAGAAACUGUGAUUUAUACUAUCUGUGCAAACGGUAUCAACGUACGAUUAACUUCAUCGGUGCGACACAACGCGAUUACUUUAGUCGAGCAAAAUGCCAACAAGUUUGUUCAGCGAAAUGGAUCGUGGGGCGAAUGGCGGUGGCACCGCUUCCCUCGAGGACCAACGAGCCCUGCAAUUGGCAUUAGAGUUAUCUAUGCUCGGUCUCGAAGGUACUCCCGGAUGCCCGGGCACUGGCACAGGAACCGGCACCGGAACGACCAACGAUCCGGAUCCUUUGCAAACGACACCAGCAGGCGUUUUCGAGGAAGCACGUUCUAAGAAGAGCCAGAACAUGACCGAAUGCGUGCCGGUACCUAGCAGCGAGCACGUGGCAGAGAUCGUCGGCCGACAAGGUUGUAAAAUCAAAGCACUGCGGGCGAAGACCAACACUUACAUCAAGACCCCUGUGCGUGGCGAGGAGCCGGUGUUCGUCGUAACCGGACGUAAGGAGGAUGUGGCGCGUGCAAAGCGCGAGAUCCUGUCAGCCGCGGAGCAUUUCUCUCAGAUCCGCGCGUCGCGCAAGAGCUCGUUGGGCGCGUUGUUGGGCGCACCUCCUGGACCACCAGCGUCCGUACCAGGCCACGUGACGAUUCAGGUACGAGUCCCGUACAGAGUAGUGGGCCUGGUGGUAGGACCGAAAGGCGCGACCAUCAAGAGAAUCCAGCAUCAAACGCAUACCUACAUAGUAACGCCCAGUCGUGACAAGGAGCCUGUGUUCGAGGUGACCGGACUACCCGAAAGCGUGGAGGCUGCGAGACGCGAGAUCGAGGCACACAUAGCACUUAGAACCGGCACAGGAACGACCCUCGACGAUUCGGAACUGCUAAGCGUGCUCUGUCGCGGUGGCUUGGGCUCGAUCCUUGGUUGCCUCGAUCCACCAGGCUCGAACGGUUCGAACGGAUCAAGCGGAGCAUUUUCCAGCAGCGGAAGUUGCAGCAGCUCGUCUAGUAGUUCCGGUGCACCUGGGUUAAAUGAUCUGGUGGCGAUUUGGGGAGCCGGUAUGGAAAGGGACGAAGGACUAGGCGAGUCGCCAUCGUUCGAGUCCCAGACAGCGUCCGCCUCUUCGAUUUGGUCGUUCCCGGGCGUUCCGUUGCCCUCGAGGCCAUCACCGCCGGCAUCAGCGAGUCCGACGUCACCUACGGAUUCACUGUUAGGCGGUGGACGACGAGAAUGCGUGGUGUGCGGCGACAAGGAGGUCACCGCUGCUCUCGUACCAUGCGGACACAAUCAUUUUUGCCUGGACUGCGGCAACCGGGUCUGCGAGAGUUCGGAUCCUAGUUGCCCCAUCUGCUCCAGGCCCGUCUUACAAGCGCUACGCAUCUUCUCUUAAGCACCGAUCAAAGCCAGCAGAGAUACUACAGACUCCUGGUACAGCGGCUGUAACACCGAUUCUCACCAUUAACAAACAUCUGCUCUUCAAUUUUUGGCGGCUCAUCCAGGAACGACGGCGCUGGAGAACGCCCACCCCGUAUUUUUCCGUAUAUUAAAAGCCUCGUGUUCCCCCGUUCGUUACGACUACGGCCGUGAGAUUUCGCGUCGACAACGGGGGAGCGGACGCGCACAAUGUCUCAAUUCCACUGCUGCCAAUAAUCUCUUCUACGCGUCGGGAAUGCCCUGAUAUAAAUGCUAACUUGUCGCGUCGUUCCCGCCGACCGAAUACAACGAAGUCAGCUUUUAAGUUCUACAAGAAUAUAUAGAAAGAGAGAGAGGGAGAGAAAGAGAGAUUAAAAAGAAAGAUAACAUACUCGCUCAUUCAUUGUCAUCGUUUUCAUACUUUUACCCUCGGUAUAUAACGUAAAGUGUAGUAGAUAUCCUGGCUCGCAGGUUUAUGCACAAGAUCAACACGUCGAAUGAAUGGCGUCGGAGCUGACGCGUGAUUGAGAGCAAUGAGUGACACACUCGGUUCUCUGUGUUCGUAUCAUGGUGGACGUCACAUGUUUCUGUUACGUGAAAGAAGGACGAUUCGUUUGGCUUUGCCGCUUAUGGGGUUGCCUUCGAACUAUCGGGAAAAAGUUUGACGCGCACGGUUCGAUACCUUCGUAGUAACGAGACUGUUGACCACCGAGAUGUUACUUUGCUCGGAUAAAAUACGAAUUAGUAUUGAAGGUAGUGCGUUUCAUAUCGAUUGCAAUAACAUUCCAUUCGCUGAUUGUAUUCACGUCACGGUAUAUUCUCGUAUUUUUCUACAAAUUCUUUUCGAAUCGAAGGCAGUCUAGAUAAUGGAAUGGAACGAAUUAAUCGAAUCAAUCGAAUCUCCAUCGACAACAUUUUAAUUAGCGUAGACGUUAUUUUUUUAUAUAAUUGACAAUCCACGAACGAGAGUCAGCACUCUUCGGUAAUACGUGCGAGAACGAAACAUUCAUAGUUUUUGAAUAUUUUUGUAUGUUGUCCUUCUUUCACGUAUCGAUGCAUGGAACGAUUGAAACCGUAAUUGCCAUUGCGUUAUUCUCCGCGAAACAUUAUAAAACACUAUAUCAAAGGUGCUUGCAAACACUGAGAAAUAAAGUUUUUACGAAUUCUAUAUUUUUAUUUAGGAAGCGUACCAAUCAUCGUAAACGUCCUAUUUAUCGUUCUGAACGUUUUAUGGAAAUUACGAGUUUCGAUUUCCAUCAGCCAUGAUUUGGCUUUUGAAUAGCCAAAAGCGCAGUUGCGGUGGUGUUCAUUCGCUCUCUCGAUCGCUACGCUCUUCGCGUCUUUUGCGGUCACGUGACUGCUAGUUCAAAGAUGGAGACGUAAGAACAGCUGAUAAUAUAAAAACGAGAUGAUUUUGAAAAAAAAAAGGAAAAAAAAAAGGAAGGUGCGUAAGAAGAUCCUUUAUUAUUAUUCUCCCUUAUAACUAAACGAACAGGCAAUGUGAAUCUCAAAGAACAUGUUAAAAAUGCUUUUGUAUGUUUUGUAAAAGUUUCCAUGACGAAUCGAGUAUAAUUUUGUCACGUGGUUGCAAGGUGUGUUUGAUGGUAAUCAAUCAAACGAUUUAAAUCGAGGACAGUGUCAAAAUGGAAAGGGAUAUAGAGGAUGGUCGUGCAUCUUUCGAUAGUUCAGCUUUCGAAGUUUCUCAGCUAAUAAUUUAUGGGAUUAAUCGAGCAAUCGUAACGAAUAAAAUAUCCUUGAAAUAUUUAUUAUCUCGUCACUCUUCCUAUCUCAUGACAAGUGAAAACUUUUCACGAAAGCGACUCUAUCGGUAGAUGUAUCGACAUACGAGGACUUUCGAGACCUGCGAGCUCGUCGUACAUAAUCGCAGCGAACGAUCACCGAAAAAAAAAUUGCCCAUAUUUGACGUAACUUAUAACCUAGUACACGCUCACUCAUACCUAUACAUACACAUUACACGUACACAUAUUACAGACAUACAGCCGAUCUCAUCAUUAUAUAUAACAAGCACUCGUCGCACUAAAGAAAGAUUUAAAAAAAAAAAGAAUAUACAGGGUGAGUGGUCACGUGUCCCUCGAUUUGCCGCAAAAUUACUUAGAUGAUAGUAUUAUUAAAAACGGCGUGCCCGUCUCACCCAGGUUCCCUCGCUACUAGAGUAUUAUAUCUUACAUUUAUAUAAGCGACAUAGCAAUUGAAAUAAUAAUAAUAAUAAUAUAUUAUAAAUAUAAAAAAACAUAAAUAAAUAUAUUAUAUAUAAUAUAUAUAUACAUAUAUAUAUAUGAUGUCAGGAAAGAAAAGGCUGACAAGUAAGAAGGAUGAUAUUUUAUCGAGGAGAUUUAGAUUUUGUAUUUUUCGCGCGUUUCGUCGACGGGACCUACGGGUGGUCGGGGACAGCUACACACGCCAGGCGACAAAAUAAAUGAAAAUUAUUAUUAAGAGUUCUAUAAGAAAAAGAAAAUAAAAAAGAGCGAAGGCAAAAAAAAGAAACAGACCUAAAGAAAAAAAAAUCGAAAAAUAGAGAAAAAGGAAAAAGGAGACAGCGCUUAAGGGGAAACAAAAUGUUUUAAGAUUAUACGGUGCAUCGCGGGAACGCGUGAACCAACUUCUCCCUGAUUGCUGAAAGGUACGAGAACAAGGGAAAGAAAAGAAAGAAAGAAAGGAGAAAAAAAGAAAUAAUGCCGUCGAUCGAUUCCUAGGAGCGUAUUCUUCGAGCCCUACGGAAUAAUCCGAGUAAUAACUUGUAUCUUGUAAUAACUUGAUGUAGUUUUUGUUGUGGGGAUCGACGACCAGUGUAUAUUUAGCUUUUCUUUCGACAAGUCGUGAUUAUAUCAUUACAUAUUGUAUUAUUCUAUCGUAUGGAUAUAUAUCGGAUGCUAUUAGUAUGUGUCAUUCUACUAGAGGAAGGACGAACUUGCAUUUUUAGUUCUUCUAUUUCACGGUAUCUCUUUUCCUCGUUCUUCCUCGCGGACAUCCUUACAAACGAUUGUCGCAAUUUCCUGGAUGUGCCACCAGCGUGCACGUUUGGGACAAGGAAAUUGCGAUACUCGUCGUUCAACACGAACGAGAGGGUGGCCGGUACGUGUCUUUACGUCCCGCUGUGUUAUAAUUCACUUUCUUCCUUUUUUUUUCUUCUUCUUUCAACGAGGAACAGUGUUACUCGUUGUUUGUUCGUGUAAUCGUAUUUCAAAAGGGAAAGAAAGCUGGACGAAUGGUCUUUAUCGGCUGAAGAACGCGAUGAACGCGUUGGCCUGCUUCUUUUUUCUUUUUUCCUGAUAUUAAAAGUAGAAAAAAACCGAGGGACGAAACUACUUCCCCUUUUUUGACUCCUAUUUUAUAUUUAUGCUGACUUCGAUGUCGAAUACUAUCGCCCGUUCUAUUUUCCUCUAGUUCUUUCACAUUCACGUGAUUCUUCCUCGUUGUCUGUUACUGCAACUGCUGCGCGAAGCUGUUCUUCUCCUUUUCCUUUUCUGUUUUCCUUCUAUCUUCAAAUCGUCGGAAACUUCUUGUCAAUCGUUGCCAUUUUUAAACAAAGAUAUGCUCAAAGCGCAGCUCCGAACAAGUCGAGGUAUAUUAUUAAUACAUAUUACAUAUAAAAUAUAUAUAUUAUAUAUAAUGUACGUCAUCCAAUGUUGUCGGAUGUUCGAAUAGAAAGAGGAUAUUUUUUCGGUCGUUCGAGCUGCAGCUCUGUAUAGCCGGUGCCUCGGUAGUUUCUCACCUAGACUCGCUCCCUUCGUUUUUUAUUUUAUAAUAUUGAUUAUUAUUAUUUUUAUUUUGUAAUGUCCUUUUUUAAUCGUUCAGCAGAUAUCUUUGUUCAUUAUGCGUUUCGUUUUGAACGACCCCGUCCUAGCAAACCCUGAUGUCCAAAAACCAUCCCCUUUACCCGUGUUCUUUUCGUACAAAAGGAAAUAAUAAAGAAGAGAAAACUCUUCCUUCUUGUCAAAAAAACGCGUUCUCUUCGCGAGCUACCGGUUAAUCGAAAUAGACACAAGCAUUAGGUACACACUUUCACACGGGCAUACAUACACUCCCUACGAACAAGUUCACACUCAGCUUUCAUACAGAAUCGCGCUACAUUUUAGCGCCAAUGUAUAUUAGAUAUGUAUGUACAAUAUUAUUAUUUGUUGCUCCGCAGGACAUCACUCAUCCUGUCACAUAUGAAUGACGAGUUCACGCGUAGACGCAUGAAAUCCUUCUAAAUGUACGUUUACACACAUCCAUACACUUGUACACAUGUACAUACACGUUCAAAGAACAUACACACACGCGGACGUAAUCUGACGUGCACUAACAUAACACAUAUAAACACACAUAUAACACACAUAGAUCAAACACACGCGAAAAUAAAGUCUUAUAUAUAUACAUAUGUAUAUUAUAAUCAACACUCGAGAGAGAGAGAGGGAGAGAGAGAGAGAGGUUUAUUAUAUUUAAGUUCGAGGCAAAUAAAUUCUAUAUUUUUUCUAUGUUAAGUAUAAAUUAGAGAGAUUGUGAGAAUGAAUGAAAAGGGGUGAAUGGUAACAGCAAGAGAAAACGAAAAGAAGUGUAAAAGAUACGGUGAUGACAUAAACAUAUAUUAUAUUAUUAUAUUAUAUAUAUUAUUAUUAUUAUUAUUAUAUUAUAUUAUAUUAUAUUAUUAUAUUAUAUUCUAUAUAUAUACAUAUAAACUAUAUUUAUAGGUAUUCUCUUUAGCAUCUACGUUCCGAUAUACGGGGACGCCGCCGCGCAGAGUAUAAUAUAAAGGAACAAAAAAACAAAAAAGAUGACGAAAAAGGAGAAAGACGGUCGGCGUGCUUGUACAUGCAUAUGUAGAUCAUGCCAGAUAAACUGUCAUUAACUUCGCUGCAUAAAGUCUGAUCUGAUUCUCGCAAUUCGAGAUCAGAGAAAGGGGUGAGAAUGGGUGAAGGGGAAGGGAAAGUACGAGAGGAAAAGUGAAAAAGGGAAAGAAAAUGAAGGCGAAAAAGAUACAGGCGCGAGUUUUCGCUCUUCUUGCGUUUUUUCUUGUUUCUUCUUCUUUGACGGAAUUUUCGAAUAUCGCGCCGCAGUUCUUGUCGCGCGCUAGAGAAAAGACGGGGACUAUCGACGAUCGCGGAACGGACGGACGAGAAUACGUUGCUGGACUCUGUGUGGUUGUGUUGGUAUUUGCUCGGCAAAACUGCUGGUACUUGCUCGAACGUGGAGAAAGAACGGGUGAAACCGAAAACGUCUCGCGAGAUAAAUCGAGAGAUGUCAAGGGUGGUGGAAAGGAAUAACAGUGGGUGGUUGCCAAAAUUCGAAGCGCGUCUCGUUGUACUCGCGAAACAACCUCGACAUGCGUCAGAACGAAAUGUCUGCAUGAAAAGUGUAGUAGAAUUAAAGCAAUUUGUCAACGAUAAUAUUCAUAGCCGUGGCUCUCUUCGAGGCGCGUGUUCGACGGCGUCGAUGUGCAGCGAAACUCGGUUCACUCAGGGCCGUCUUCCCAAUGUACCACGAAUGAUCCACUGGGAAAGUUGCGGUUUCAUACGUAUAACUGACAGAGGUAGCCUUGCUGACCGCACGUAGAUCGCGCCCGCGCUUGCCGUUACGCAGUCUUCCCUUCUCCCGACGCGCGAUUCCGGAAGACGAUACAGCUCUGUGUGUUUAGUGUGCCGGGUUCCGCGGCAAGACUAUAUCACGAACAAACGAGUAACAAUUUGUCGAGAACCUCCGCUAGACUUUAGGACGACUACUGCUAGAUAACACUUAACCGAUUCACCGACGCGUCAGGCAGCCUUCACUUUGGCCGAGGUUCCGACAUAUCGCGGCAGAGUCGGCGUCAUCGUUCCUCACGAUCGUCAUCUUCGUCAGAUAGGUCACUGCACGUGUGACGUGCGCUGCUUUGCAACGUUCACGGCGCACGCGUACACGUUGUUUCGUGUUCUCGCUCCAAUUUCGCAUUUAUUACCCACCGAUAACGCCGUCGCGACCAUCGCUGUCUCCACUUUCGUUCGUUUCAGCGGACGAACAAGCACAUCAUUCGUGGCAAUGCGUUUGCCAUCAUCUCCAGCCACUUUCGCUAACGUUCGUCGAGUCGAUCCAAAGUUAGAGCAGAAGGGAUCGCGACGAGUCGAUUCGUUCUUCCGUUGCGUCGAGCCGCGUGCUAAGGGUGACGAUUGCCGUUUUUGUUCUCAAGGAGACAGCUUUUCGCUAAUCGAGGUUGUACGUUAAUCUUCCUCCUUGACCGUGUACCAUCGAUUAUAGAGUAUCGAUCAGACGCUAGACCAGAAGGGUAGCGAGAUUUGCAGUGCCAUACGUGAAUCAAAAGUUGUUCGCUAUGUUCUUCUACCAAUAAAUGUCGAUUUCGACUAGCUGCUAUGUUGUUCUACGAUGGGAAGAUUAGUUUAGCGAUGGUGUUCAUUCUUAUCCGGGCAUUUUUUUCCACGCGACUCACCCACCGCACGCGCCAAUCAAUCGUUUCUUCGAUGAGUCGUUCAGCAGGAGGAGAGACCGCCCGAUCUUCUUAUUAAUCGGUUGAAGUGGGAUAGUUUGGAAGCAGAAUGAUGAAAAUGAUCGCGUAGCAUUUUUCCGGGGUGUUCUUUCUCCGCGAGACGCGAAACACGGACAUUGUCUGGCCCCGCAGUUCCUUUUUCACUUAACGUCGAAUCGUUUUCAGUGAUAUUAGUCAAUGAUGUGUCAGACGUACAAAGUAUUGUACACUUGCGGUGUGAUUAUGUUCCCCUGUUUAUUUUCCUAAUUCGACCUUAAUUCUAUUUUACGCGUUUUUAAGUUGUUUAUGCGGUUUUGAAAGAAUUAUUAUGAGUAAAUUACGUAAAUGCCAUUAGAAGAGUGAUAUAUAUAUAUAUAUAUAUACAGUAUAUAUAUUUUUUUAUAAAUAUCGCGUGUGACGUGUUAUUUUAUUGUUAUUUAUUCUGUUUGUCGUUGUCUUAUGUGGAGCUAAUGAAAUAUUAUUUUUUUAUCGAGUUAACAAACAGAAAAAGCGACAAAAUUUACUAAAAUCGAAAUGGAACAUUAUUAGUCGUUUUGUUAACCGUAUUCUUAAAAAGUUCGUUUACUUCAUACGAUUUUUCUUUACUUUACUCCUUUUUUCUCUUCUCGCGUGUUCGUUUCCGCGUUUCUCGCGAGUAAAAACGUCUAAUCGCGACGUUGCGUAAUCUCUCGCGGACCAAUCGUCGUAUGAUCUCUGUUGCUGUUUUUCAACUUCGCUACCGACAGUUUACGACCGUCCCGGGGCGCCGCCGCUUUCCUUCUAUGGAAGUGGUUUUAUCAGAUCGAUAAAACGCGACCAGUCUGACACAUUUCAUCGGCACCAAAUCGUGAUGGAUCACGGACAGAGACACAUUCAGGAAUAUCAAACUUGUCGGUGGAUCGUUGCUCGCGGUGUGUAUCUCUCGUUCAAAGACGGAUCACGCGACCAUUUCACGAUUUACAACCUUCUUGCUUCCCGUGGAAAUCGAUAAAGCAGGAAAUCGUGGCGUUGUCCCUUCGAACGCAACGCUGGUAAACCCUCGUGGCGACUUCGCCGCGAUCUGAGUGACAGGGCAUGCUGUGUAUUCUUUGUAGCGCGUUCUUUGUAGGAGGCAUUUACCGCGUUUUAACGUAACGAGUAAUAAAACGUCGUCUAAGGUUAACUAAUAUCGUAAUAAUCGUAUUAAAGCGUAACGUAUAAUGAUUAUUGAUAUAGCCAUUGGCUGUGACCGAUAACUGCCAUUUUCGUAAAAAAAAAAGAAAAAAAAAGAAACAAAGACGAGAGAAAUAAGACGGGAAGUUGUUUUAAACGGGUCUGCGAACACAGACGUCGGCGAUCUCACCGUCGCCGUGUCGUGAGAAUACCAGUACUGUGCGCGGACACGUGCUCACACCGUACACACGCACGCACACACACACACGCACGAACACAUCUACACGUACGAACACACACGAACACGUUAAUGAAACGGAUACACGCGAUUGGGUCGCCAUGUCGAGAUAAACGCGAGAAUUUCGGUUUCGAGGAACGAGACGACGAGGAAACCGGGGGGGAUUUGGUGAAACGAUAACGGGGGACGAUAUGACGAUGGCGAAAAUGAGAUACGAGAACUACUAGGAAGGAUCCGGAAUCGUCGGUUUUUCCCGGAGUUGUAGCGAUCAAAGGAGAAUUUCGGUGCGAGAUAGGAAAACAGCUCUGGCAAGAUAGAGACGCUUUCAGAAAGAUGGUUGUUCAACGGAAUAAGGUUCGAAUUGACGCGGAGAAAGGGUGAAACGACGCGAGUAUCGAGCAAUUGCGAGAGAGAGAGAGAGAGAGAGAGAGAGAGAGAGAGAGAACACGUACACCCACACGACGAUACAUAUCUCAAAGAAUAA